AUGACCCGUAGCAACACUCGGUCGCUGAGCAAUGGUCAACAGUCUGUGGCAGCCUCGUCGUCCUCGCUGACUGCGCCGCAGCCUCGCUUCCUUUCACGUGGCAACACCUAUCGCUCAGUGGUUGGCGACACACUUGUGUUGCCCUGCCAGGUGGAGCAUCUCGGCAAUUUUGUCUUACUGUGGCGCCGUGGCACAAAUGUGCUCACCGCCUCGAAUAUUAUGGUAACAAGGGAUGACCGCGUAAGACUGAUAGAUGGUUAUAAUUUAGAGAUAUCUGAUUUGGAGCCACAAGAUGCCGGGGAUUAUGUUUGUCAAAUCAGUGACAAAAUAAAUCGUGAUCAAGUGCACACUGUUGAGAUUUUGGUGCCUCCCAGCGUUCGUGCCAUACCCACAUCCGGUCAACUGCAGGCUCGCAAGGGGGGACCCAUUACGCUGGAGUGCAAGGGAUCUGGUAAUCCGGUGCCAUCAAUUUACUGGACUAAAAAGAGCGGAACGGGCAAAUCUACGGCUCGAAUCGGCGAUGGACCCAUCUUGACCUUGGACAAACUGGAGCGACAGCAGGCAGGAGUUUAUCAAUGCACUGCAGAUAAUGGAGUUGGUGAUCCAGUUACUGUUGAUAUGCGACUGGAUGUACUAUAUCCGCCGGAUAUUCAAGUGGAAAAAUCAUGGAUACACUCUGGCGAAGGAUUUGAGGCAAAACUCGUUUGCAUUGUUUACGCUGAUCCAGUCGCAACGGUGUCCUGGUACCAGAACUCGUUCCCGAUACAGACAACCGAUAGACGAAUUAUGAACACCAGGGCCAAUCGACACACUCUCACCAUACGACACAUCCAGCAGGAGGACUUUGGCAACUACAGCUGCGUGGCCGACAAUUCUUUGGGACGCUCCCGCAAGUAUAUGGAGCUGUCUGGUCGACCAGGACCUGCUGAGUUCUACUCACCCAAAUGGGGUCGUUCCUCGGAUAGUUACAAUCUGACAUGGAAAAUUGAUAGUUACCCGCCGCUGGAGGAAGUGCGUCUGCUUUACCGCCGAGUGCUGAUGAAUGACACAUUCCAGCAACCGGGAAGAUGGCACGACUUUAUACUCACGCCGGAACAUCGUCCAGCCACGGAGCCUCUAACACAUAUCAUGUCCUACACCAUUAAACAUCUGCAUCCAGGUGCUUACUACGAGGCGAUUGUUCAGGCCAAGAAUCGUUAUGGCUGGAAUGAGGUCAGCGAUAUAUUUCAAUUUAUUGUCGCCAGCAACAGCAUGGACAUUGCCCCCGAGGACGCCGAAGUGGUAGCCAGCUCCAAGUCUCGCAGCAAUAGUGGAGCCCUUAGCAGCCUACAGAGUGUCUUGCCCCACUGCCUGCUGCUCCAUGGAGCUCUGUUGUUGGCCUUCGCAUUGCGUAAUAGCCAAUUCGACAGACUGCGACUCGGCUUGGGGUAAGCAAUCACAUACGCACACACACACACACCCAAAGAAGGCAAGAGAAUCUUUUAUAAAGUCACAUGUGAAUUUGAAAGUUGGUUUAAAGUCCUGGCGAAGGCCAAGAGACAACGUCUUGUAAACUAUCAAUACAACUAAGAGAGAUCUCCUUCAAUGAACUUGGAGUCAGUCUGACUUUGAUUUUUCUUUCUCAACUGCAACUGAUGUUAUUUUAGUUUAUAACCAAUGUUGCAGUGUCCCAAAGUCCUGCAGCAAACUAACCAAAGAUAACCUAACAUAGUUUUUAAAAUAAUAAAUGUAAAAAUUAUGCAAAAAUGUAAUAACCAGCAAUGUAAAUAAUUUUUCAAGCAUUUUGUCAGCGAUUUAAUUAGCAUGUGAAUCGACAGAAAAAA